UCUAAAUGAAAGAGCAGUGGAGAGUUGCAGAGAUUUCUGAGUAUUGUUCAAGCAAAGAUGAUACGAGGUGCAGUGCGAGUUGGAGUUUUGUCAUGGCUUUGCUUUUUUCUUCUUGUGGUGAGUGUGGUGGUGGGUAGAGAUGUGGUGGGGCAUGAUGACGAGGAGAAGUUUCUGGGUAUUGGUAACGGAGGUGGGUUUGGCGUUGGAGGUGGAGGUGGUGGUGGUGGAGGGUUUGGAGGUGGAUAUGGGGGAGGAGCUGGAGGUGGUGGGGGAUUUGGAGGUGGAUAUGGGGGUGGAGCUGGUGGUGGUGGUGGGGGUGGGGGUGGGGGUGGGUUUGGUGGGGGUAGUGGCGGCGGGCUCGGUGGCGGGCAUGGGAUUGGUGGUGGAGUAGGUGGAGGAGCUGGUGGUGGUGGUGGUCUGGGAGGCGGGCAUGGUGUUGGUGGUGGAGCCGGUGGUGGAAUUGGAAAAGGUGGAGGAGUUGGCAAGGGUGGCGGGUUGGAGGUGGUGCAGGUGGUGGAUUUGGUAAGGGAGGUGGAGUUGGCGGUGGGAUUGGCAAGGGUGGCGGAGUUGGUGGUGGUGCAGGCGGUGGAUUUGGCAAGGGUGGUGGAGUUGGGGGAGGGGCUGGUGGAGGCAUUGGUAAGGGUGGUGGAGUUGGAGGUGGUGCAGGCGGUGGAUUUGGGGGAGGGGCUGGUGGAGGCAUUGGCAAGGGUGGUGGAGUGGUGGAGUUGGAGGGGGAGUUGGUGUGGAGCUGGGGGAGGAUUUGGAAAAGGUGGUGGAGUAGGUGGUGGACAUGGAAAAGGUGGUGGAGUUGGUGGGGGCGCCGGUGGAGGAUUUGGAAAAGGUGGUGGCAAGGGAGGUGGAGGUGGUGGAGGCGGUGGAUUUGGGGGAGGGGCUGGUGGAGGCAUUGGCAAGGGUGGUGGAGUUGGAGGAGGAGCUGGUGGAGGAGUAGGUGGUGGAGCUGGGGGAGGUGUUGGUGGAGGCAUUGCUGGUGGAGGAGUAGGUGGUGGAGCUGGGGGAGGAUUUGGAAAAGGUGGUGGAGUAGUGGUGGGCAUGGAAAAGGUGGUGGAGUUGGUGGGGCGCCGGGGUGGAGGAUUUGGAAAAGGUGGUGGCAAGGGAGGUGGAGGUGGUGGAGGCGGUGGAUUUGGGGGAGGGGCUGGUGGAGGCAUUGGCAAGGUGGUGGAGUUGGAGGAGGAGAGCUGGUGGAGGAGAUUUGGAAAAGGUGGUGGAGUAGGUGGUGGGCAUGGAAAAGGUGGUGGAGUUGGUGGGGGCGCCGGUGGAGGAUUUGGAAAAGGUGGUGGCAAGGGAGGGGGAGGUGGUGGAGGCGGUGGAUUUGGGAGGAGGCUGGUGGAGGCAUUGGCAAGGGUGGUGGAGUUGGAGGAGGAGCUGGUGGAGGACAUUGGUAAGGGUGGUGGAGUUGGAGGGGGAGCUGGUGGAGGAGUAGGUGGUGGAGCUGGGGAGGAUUUGGAAAAGGUGGAGUGGGGCGCCGGUGGAGGAUUUGGAAAAGGUGGUGGUGGAGGAAUCGGAAAAGGUGGUGGGGGUUGGUGGAGGUGCUGGUGGUGGAAUAGGAGGUGGCUCUGGUGGUGGAGUCGGCGGAGGAUUCGGCAAAGGUGGCGGAAUUGGUGGAGUAUAGGAGGAGGUGCUGGCGGUGGGUUUGGUGGAGGAGCAGGUGGGGUGGAGGCGGUGGAUUUGGUGGCGGAGGUGGUGGAUUUGGUGGCGGGGUGGUGGUGGAAUUGGACAUCCCUGAAAACGUUGCAUGAAAAUAGACAGACAUACAAGAAUGCAUCUGUGCAGAAGUAA